AUGGCCGUCAAACCAGGCCCACAAGCGAUUAUCUUCUUUUGUUGGGCCAUAAACAGCCCUAUGUCACAUGUUGACAUUUUGAGCUCUAAUCCUAACUUUAACUAUUUUCUUUUAAUUUUGUCCAUGGGUUCUACAGAUUUAGCAAAAGCAGUGCCUGAUCAUCAUAAGAAAUUUCUUGCGGAUUUGGUAUGGGUUCACGAAGAGGAGAAUGUGUGGAUUGAUACCGAGGAAGGUAGGAUGUGCUGCAAAUUUAUUGCUGUUCAUGCUGGAUUGGAGAAAUCAAAAAGGGUGGAUGAGCAGCUGAUGUUUUUAAGAGCGAGGGAUACUAGCAUACCAAAAGUGGAAGAUCUUAGCGGGAGGGCAAAUGUUUGGGAGAUACCACAGGAUCUGACUAAGGAGCCGACCAUAGUGGUGAGUGGUCAUCACGGGAAGCUUCAUAUUGAUGGUCUUCGCCUUAUCAUUGAUGAAGGUGGCGGGCUUGAAGCCAACCCCAUAGCUGCUAUAGUUCUUCCUUCCAUGAAACUUGUUCGAGAUACUGACAAUGUCGUCGCCCAUAAUUGAUCAUUUCUCACAAUCCACUUCAAGUAAGCAGAACUAAAGCGCCAGAGCAGUUACGUUUGUGAGAUUAAUGCGGAUAUGAUAGUUUCUGGGCUUUAAAGUUUGAAGAUCAUAGAUAUCGUUUUUCAUGAACAGAAGUUUUCUUCCAUGUGCGAUAUUCACGCCAACUUGUUCAUUGGCGUUUCAAUGCAUAUGAUCCUUUUUCGUGUUGAUAUGUUAUUAUAGGGCAACACAAAGGUGGCCCUGAAACACUAUUUCUCUACGUCUGGGCUGCUUAUGGUCCUUUCUUUUGUUUUUCUGUUAAGGAUUAAUUGCGGAUAGACCGCGCUUGUAAUACUGUUGCUUUGAACUUACUAGCCCUCUAAUUGUUUUAUAUUUACAUCUGACUGAAGUUAUUUU